AUGGCUUACGGCGGCGGUGGCAUUGCAAUUAGUUAUUAUCUGGCGGCGGAGCUCGUCAAGAUUUUGGAUGGUUGCAUUAAUCGCUACCAUUACUUGUACGCUUCUGAUCAGAGGAUUGGUGGUUGUAUGGCUGAGAUUGGAAUUUCUUUCACGAAUGAACUUGGUUUCCAUAUGGAUAUAAAUGAAAGCGCACUAGGGCUUUUGGCUGCUCAUCCGGUGGCGCCGUUAGUGUCACUGCACCAUUUGGACAUGCUCCACCCGUUAAUUCCAUCAAUGAGCCGAGUUGAGUCAGUCAAGAAGGUUAUUGAAGCUUAUAACAAGGAUCCAAGUCGGGCAGUGCAACAGAGUUUGUGUUAUGACCUAAAGAGAAAUUGGUCAGUAUCAGUGUCAUGGGGUUACAUAGUUCAAUUAUAUCCAUGGCUAAUGAAUGUCAAGGAGUUGGAGACUCCAAUUCGGACGUUCAAGACUUUUCUAGGGUCAGAAGAGCCAUUCACAUUCAAUACACGGCCAAACUAUGUAGAACCGUGUAAGAAGCCUAUAGAGUAUUACUUGGAUCAAGUUACUGACAUUGGCAAUGGUGAAACCUUGACUAGUUAUAGUAACAAAAUUGGUGAUUCUAACAAGCAAUGCGAUAACCAACGUUAUAAACCAGCUUUAGCAGUUCAUAUGGUUAAUGUCACCGCGUCAAUGUUAUCUCCCAAAGUAUGGAGACAGGCACCACGACGGCAAUGUUCCGAGGUAAUCAAUGAUAUUGGCAGCAUCCUACAUAUCAGAAUUAGAGGUUGCAAUCAGUGGGAAUCAGUAAUGCCACCCUUUCACGACAAGUAUGGAGAGUUUGCCUGCUUUCAAAGAAAGGUUCAUCCAGUGAUUAAUAGGACAAGAAAUUUAGAAUUAGUAUUUGAGAGAUCAGCAAAUUCAAACCCCUACCUGUUAACCAAUUAUACAGAAAUGUCUGCUCCUAGAUCCCCUCUGUUUUGA